UAUCACUGACCACCAUCCAACCGGGACUGGAGCGUUGCUUUGCACUCUGGGCUGUCCUAUGUGCGCUUGAAGGGUGAAACCUGAUGGGCACCGCUUAGGCUCUCUGAAGUAGGGAAGCGACGUGUCUGAAGGACGGACGGACGGACGUGCGGCCGGUCUACGGCGGGGCGUGCGGACCUUGCAUCAGGACGGACCUCGACUUGACCGUCCUCGCCUCUGCUUCACAACCUCUCCUUGACCGGCCUGUCCGCCCUCUUCUACCUCUGCUUCUCGCUCACACCAGCGCAUGAAUCUACGCACACAGCAGCCCAGAGAGAAGCUCCUUCUACCAUGAAGUUCGACGGAACCAAUCACCAGCUGUGGGAGAGGAAGGUCCACACGGCACUAGCUCGAGCCGGACUGCUCUACUAUGCCUUGGACUUACGCCCUCUACCCGAUCGAACACACAAUGUAAAAGUAACCCAGGACCUCAAGGCCGUAGCAAUCAUCGAGAAGCAGCUCAGUGACAAGAUCCUGAUUGAGCUGCCAUCCUACGCAAGCCGCCUUGCGGGCGCCCUCAACUACGAUAACUAUAAAACCCUCAGCUCCACUUUGCUCGAUGACAUUACAGACAAAUACAAAGGCCCCUCUCGCGCCAAAGCCGCCAAACAUCUCGCGUCCGGUACGCAGGCUGGACAACCUCUCGAGGCUUACUUCAAUCGUAUGUGGUUCUCCUGGAAGGAGGCUGGCGGGGAAGCCGUAAUGACUAAAGGCAGGUUCCGUGAGGCAGUACGUAAAGGCAUGGAUUCCAACACAAUGCUCCAAGCUGUAGGUUUCUGGUCGGACAAGGAAGACGAUGCUGGAGGCGUUGCACCUGCGGAAGUUCACGCCCUCGUAGAAGAGUUCUGAAGGGUUAUGUUGGAGAAGUAGACAGGACGAUGGGCAACAGGCGAGAACGGAAGGUAUUGCGAACCUUGGUCACUAGGUCACCGUCCUAU